UGAUUCAGUGGCAAUAUCGCAAUUGAAGCCAACUUCUUUGCACACGUAAUUUUUAAUCGCCUGCCUGGUGGCGUUAUCCUGCCACUGUCUAGGGUUCCUUGCUCCGGUAGUCUCCAAGGAAGAUGAAGGGGAAGGCCAUAUCUGGUGAAUUUUUGACACAAGAACACCAUGUUAAAGGGUCAGAGAUCUUUAUUGGUGGCUUGUCUCGUUCUGUAACAGAAAGCGAUAUACAUGAGCUCUUUUCCCCUUAUGGAAUGAUAAUUGAGUUAAGGAUGAUGAAGGAUCAAGAUGGUAACUCAAAGGGUUUUUGUUUUGUUCGAUUUGGUCAAAAGGAAUCAGCUUCCAGAGCCAUUAGGGAGAAGGAUGGUUUUGUGCUCCAUGGGAAGAGUAUGGGUGUUGAUUUUUCUUCAGAUCAAGAUUCACUGUUCUUUGGGAAUCUCCGUAAAGACUGGAGCUUGGAAGAAUUUGAAAAACUUGUUCACCAGGCAUUUAAAGAUGUUAUCUCAGUGAACCUCCCAAUGUCCCCAAUUGCUGGAGAUUCUAUGGCAGGGAAAAGGAGACUGAAUCGCGGAUUUGCUUUUGUGCAUUUCUCUUCUCAUGCUGCCGCAGCACGAGCACAUCGCAUUGGAUCAAAACCGGAUUUUCUUCUUGAUGGUAAUUGGCAUCCUGUAAUAGAUUGGGUUGAGAAGGAUCCUGAAAUCGAUCCUGAAGAGCUAGCAAAGAUUAAGACUGCUUAUGUCGGAAACCUUCCAAAAGAUGCUGAUGAAGAUUACCUAAGGAAGAUGUUUGAUCCACUAGGAAAGAUUGAGAAGGUUGCAGUUUCACGAAAAGGCCCCUACCCAGUCGGAUUUGUCCACUUUGCUAGACGCUUAGAUCUGGAUUAUGCAAUCAGGGAAAUGGAUGGGCAAAUAGUACAGGGACCCUAUAGAGGGCCAAAGUUCAAAAUCCAGGUUGCAGUUGCAAGGCCUGUCGUGAUGGGGAAACGUCCUCGCGUUGAGCUGAAAAGUAAAUCUCCUAGUGAGGCUGGAGUUCUACCUCAUUCAUAUGAAGACCUCACUUCAGAUUCAUUUGAACGUAAAUCAAAGGCACUUAGACUUACUAACCAGGCCUAUGAUGAUGGUGUGGGUCCAUAUGAGGCAACUGUCAUCACCUUACCGGCAGCUGUUAAAGAACGCCUUCUUCGAUUGUUUCGUCGGGGGAUUGCUACUCGAUUUGAUUUGGAUCUUGGUUGCAUCACAAGUUUGAAAGAGCUUCCUGGAUCUUUAGCGACGGCUAUUCUUGAUCAGUUUAUGAUAUCAGGUGCUGAUAAGCGUGAUAAGAGAGCAUACUUUCUGUCAUUGCUUUCUAAGGUGGACAGGUUUGCAAGAGGCAACCCACUGUACCAGACACAGAAGUCAAUCGACUAUUUGCCCGAAGAAUCUGAGCUGACUAGUCUACCGGCUCCAGUUCUUUUAGAAGAAAUUGAUCAUCCCAGCCCUAGGUACAGAAUUUCACCACCAGCACGAUACGCUUCUAACUCUUCACUUUAUGAUAGUCCACCGCGCUCUCGACAAAGUGUCGGAAGACUGAUAGAAGCAGCGCCUUCAUCAUAUAGCCGUCCAAUCUCCCCAGCACGAUAUCGCUCUGCUGCAGGAUCAAGCAUUCGACUCGCCCCUGAGAAAUAUCCCGCUGAGCGUCGGCAAAUAAGGUUUGAUCCUUUCACCGGCGAGCCCUACAAGUUUGAUCCAUUCACAGGAGAGCUGAUAGGGUCAGAACCGCGCAGCCGACAUUCAGGGAGCUACUUCUGAUCUCUCACGCAGUGCUGCUCAGUGUAUGCCUCCUGUUAAAUUCUUUAGAUAUAUUAUUGUUCAGUUUAACAUUAAGUUAUCCAUUUUCUGCAGAAUAAUAUUUGUGAGUGCCAUAAAAUUACAUUCAUUGAAAUGCCUAAUCUUACGCUGGAGGAUACAAGAUUGUAUCAUAAUAGUCUGUUUUCAAAGGACCAAGAGUAAUUGAUUAAAUUUGCUGGUGA